UGUGUGUUUCUAUUUCACAUGGCGGCGUUCCUCCAGAGGCUUCCGCGGGCCGGGCCUCGCGCGGCGGCCGUAGGCCACCGCGUGGGACGGCGAGACGCCAGUCUGGGCCCAGAUCCCGGGGCCACGGUGCGAGUUCGCUUCGCUCCCAGCCCCACAGGCUUCUUGCACCUGGGUGGCCUCCGUACCGCUCUCUACAACUACAUCUUUGCCAAGAAGCACCAGGGGAGCUUCAUUCUGAGACUGGAGGACACUGAUCAGAGCCGACUGGUACCAAGGGCAGCAGAGAACAUUGAGGACAUGCUGGAGUGGGCAGGCAUCCCACCUGACGAAAGUCCCCGUCGGGGUGGUCCUGCUGGGCCCUACACUCAGUCCCAGCGGCUGGCACUGUAUGCCCAGGCCACAGAAGCAUUGCUGAAGUCUGGAGCUGCCUAUCCGUGUUUCUGUUCACCACAGCGGCUGGAGCUCCUCAAGAAGGAAGCCUUGAGGAGCCGGCAGACACCCCGGUAUGACAAUCGGUGCCGGAGCCUGAGCCAGGCACAGGUGGCCCAGAAGCUGGCCGUGGAUCCCAAGCCUGCUAUCCGCUUCCGCCUGGAGGAGGCAGCACCAGCCUUCCAGGACCUUGUAUAUGGUUGGACUCAACAUGAAGUGGCCAGUGUGGAGGGGGAUCCAGUUAUCCUGAAGAGUGAUGGCUUCCCCACCUACCACCUAGCCUGUGUGGUGGAUGACCACCACAUGAGCAUCAGCCAUGUGCUGAGGGGCUCUGAGUGGCUCGUCUCCACCUCUAAGCACCUGCUUCUCUACCAGGCCCUGGGCUGGCAACCGCCUCAAUUUGCUCAUCUGCCCCUGCUCCUCAACAGGGAUGGUAGCAAGCUGUCUAAGAGGCAAGGGGACAUUUUCCUGGAACAUUUUGCUGCCUCUGAUUUUCUGCCUGAAGCCUUGCUUGACAUCAUCACCAACUGUGGCUCGGGGUUUGCAGAGAACCAAAUGGGCAGGACCCUGCCGGAGCUGAUAACACAGUUUGACCUGACCCGGAUCACCUGCCACUCAGCUCUGCUGGACCUGGAGAAGCUCCCAGAAUUCAAUAGACUGCACCUCCAACGGCUGGUGAGCAGUGAGACCCGAAGACCUCAGUUGGUGAAGAAGCUGCAGGCCCUGGUGAAGGAGGCAUUCGGUAGCCAACUGCAAGACAAGGAUGUUCUGGACCCAGCAUAUGUGGAGAGGAUCAUCCUGCUGCGACAGGGCCACAUCAGCCGUCUGCAGGAUCUGGUCUCCCCAGUGUACUCCUACUUAUGGACUCGUCCUGCCGUCCAUCGAUCACAACUGGGUGUUGACUCAGAAAAGGUGGAUGUGAUUGUCAAACGCUUGCUGGGAGUUUUAGAAACAUCUGGUUUGAGCCUAACUCAGGAUGUGGUGAACAGAGAACUGAAGAAGCUUUCAGAAGGCCUAGAAGGUAUCAAGUACAGCAGCGUGAUGAAGCUCCUCCGAAUGACCCUCAGUGGACAGAUGCAAGGACCUCCUGUGGCUGAGAUGAUGGUGUCCUUGGGCGCAAAGGAAGUACAGGAGCGAAUCCAGAAGGUGCUUUCUAGCUAAGGAGAAGAUGAAUAGGAAUAAGGCAGCUCUGAAACACAUGGAAGCUGCAUUCUGAGGAGAUCAGGAGGCCUGCAGCCCAUUUGGACACUUUCAGGAUCAACAGUAAGAGAAACAGAUUCUCUGAAUACCCUCAUCAGCUGGCCUUCGGGGAAGCCCAGCCUGCUUCACCUCACUGAUUCUGGAAAGGAUGAACUUGAA